GCCCCAGGAGGAGCGGCUGCACCUUCCCACUGGGGGAGGAGACAUGAAAGCCUCAUGCUGGUGUUACUGGUUUUGCUUUUAUAAAUUCAGCCAAAGUGCUCCGAGGAUCUACACUUCAACAGCUCCGUAGAGAGUAACACCUUCACUAAGAAAUGCAAAGCCCUCCCAAGCCUCAGUUUUCCAGCUGGCUCAUAGAGCAGGUGGAGACAGGCCAGUACACGGGCCUGCGCUAUGUGGGCCAAAACAAGUUCAGAGUCCCCUGGAAGCACAACUCCAGGAGAGACUGCAAUGACGAGGACACUAAAAUAUUCCGGGCAUGGGCAAUAGCAAGUGGAAAGAUCAACGAGUUCCCCAACGACAAGGCCAGGUGGAAAACCAACUUCCGAUGUGCUCUGAACAACCUCUCUGUGCGCUUCAAGAUGAUUAAGGAUAAUUCCAAGAAUCAUGAGAAUUCUGACGACCCUCAUAAAAUCUAUGAGAUUAUCAACACUGAGCACAACUAUGAAAGUCAGCCAACACAAGACUCCCAGGAGGAUCCUGUCAUCUACAGCUCUCCUAUAGAGUACUUCCCCUCAGGAAAUGAGCAUAAUCUGCUUAACAACUUUAUGGCUUUGGAUCUUGGCAACCAGCCAUCAGAGGAGCAACAGUGGGCAGAGGACUAUGGUCAGCACAAUCCAGCUCUUGCUAAAAGCUAUCCUGUAGCAGCCGAGAACCCCCCACAGCUUUUACCAGAUCAGCCUUCUUACUGUGAAGUAAAUCCUCCACCAGUCCUCAGUUCACCUCUGCAGCCAAGUAUAUUUGAUCUGGAGAUCUCCAUCCACUACAGGAAAAGUGAAAUGCUAAAGAUGACGUUGUCCACUUCCCUUCUCCAGCUCCACUACCAGCAGGAGUCCCAUGAGUUCAACGCCUAUCAUCUGUGCUUUCCCUCCACGGAUGGUCUGCUGGACCACAAACAGAUUGAGUACACCAACCGCAUCCUUAACAGCAUCCAGAGAGGUCUGUUCCUGGAGGUCCGGGACACUGGUAUCUAUGCCUGGAGGCAGGACCGGUGCCAUGUGUUUGCCAGCACCAGUGACCCCAGUGUGGCUCACCCAGACCCAAGCAAGCUGCCCCAGAACACCAUGGUGCAGCUCCUCAGCUUUGAGAAGUAUGUUUAUGAACUGAAGCAGUUCAAAGAGAACAAUGGUGGCUCCCCUGACUACACCAUCAACAUGUGCUUUGGAGAGAAGUUUCCUGACGGAAAACCUUUGGAGAAGAAGCUCAUCAUAGUCAAGGUUGUCCCUCUGAUCUGUCGACACUUUCAUGAGAUGGCCCAGAUGGAGGGGGCUUCAUCUCUUCACAGCGCCAACGUCAGUCUCCAGAUCUCACACAACAGCCUCUAUGAUCUUAUUAGCUCUGUCUUUGGUCUGCCGGCAGAUGAAGAGCCAGCACGGGCUGCUGUGCCUUUUCUACCUCAGAUGUGACAUUUGAUCUCUCAUUUGCCCCUAAUAGGGACUACUUAUUAUAUGUAUAUUAUAUACUACUUAUGGGACCACACCCUGCUCUUACCAAAAGCUUCGCUAAAAACUAGCCAAACUGGUGACAUGUUGAAUAUGUUGACUAUAUGAAGCAGAAAGACACACAAUUAAAUGUAGUAUUAUAGUUAAUAUUGCAUGAUCUGCCAUUACUCUAACUGUAACUCCAGCCUCCUGCUCUGCGUUAUCUUCUGUCCACAUUAGUCGCCAACUUCAGGCAUUUUUAUCACUACAUAAGUAGAAGUUAACUCCUCCACUAUUGGACUGUUACAACUCAAAAGCCAAUGGUCUUUACUUUAGAAUACACUUUUUUGAUUACUGUAAAUGUCAAAUCAUCUCUUAAUGAAAUGUAUGGUUCGAUUGAAAUUGUAUUUAUGUAGUAACCAAAUGGUGCCUACCAUGCUGGUAAAUCUUAACAUGUUGUGGUUGCUUUUUGAUCACAUAUUUACGAGCUUGUAAAAUGCAAAGGAAAGUAAACAAUGUAUGUAGAGGUUUGUCAUGCAGCCAUUGACUGAUAGUUUUAUAUAGUUUAUGGUGAAUUGUUUUGCACUUCAGAAUGUGUUAACAUUUGUAUACUCUGCUGACAUUUUGCACUUUUCAUACUGAAUAAAACCGGCACGGUUUACCCUUGAA